GACAAACUUUUUUCUGACGUGUCGUCAAAACCUAAGAGGUGCAUUUAAUUAAAUUUAAAUAUAAUAAAGUUUUUAGGUCCUUAGAAUAGUAUUAAAUUAUUACUUAUAAUCCAUAAGAUUUAUAGAGUUUAAACGAAAUUUAAAUAACAUAGAAAAUGCAUACAGUUCUUACGAGAGGGAAUGCUAUAUUAGCUUAUUCUCUCAGCCUUUUAGCAUGCUUGACUUUCUGUUGUUUCGUUUCAACAGUAUUUCUAGAUUAUCGAACUGAAGCAAAAAUUAAUACUGUUAAAGUUUUAGUUAAAAAUGUACCAGACUAUGGAGCUUCAAGAGAAAAACAUGAUUUGGGCUUCCUAACAUUUGAUCUUCAAACAAAUUUGACAAGCUUGUUCAAUUGGAAUGUAAAACAGCUUUUCUUAUAUUUAACAGCGGAAUAUCAAACAAAAGAUAAUGUUUUAAAUCAAGUUGUUCUCUGGGAUAAAAUUAUAUUAAGAGGGGAGAAUACUGUAUUAGAUUUUAAGAAUAUGAACACAAAAUAUUAUUUCUGGGAUGAUGGAAAUGGCUUAAGGGGAAAUCCAAAUGUUACACUAACAUUGUCUUGGAAUAUAGUGCCGAAUGCUGGACUUCUACCAAGUGUGUUUGCAUAUGGAUCACAUUCAUUUAAAUUUCCAAUAGAUUAUUCAGUUUCACCAGUUUAGAUAAAGAAAUUUUUUGUUACAUAAAAAAAAAGGAUUUAAAUUUGUUUAUUUUGAAUGAUUUAGAAAAACGAACAUAUGAGUGGUGUUAAAUUUUUCGAAAUAAAAGUUCUUUAAUAAUA